ACCGCUUCAGGAGUCUCUGCAGCAGUGAGGAGCAGCAGCCGGUCCCGGGUCAGCUGGUCCCGGUCCCGGUCUCGGGUCAGCCGGUUCCAGGAGACGACAGGAGAUCUAACAGAACGACGUGAUGACAUCAUCUCUCAGAUCUGCUCUCUGGUUCCGCCCUCCUGCUCCACUGCUCUGGUCUCUGAUUGGUUCAACCAGCUGACAGCCGUCAAUCAGCUGAUCGACGGUCGUCAUGGUGACCUCCUCCAUCAGCUGCGUUGUUGUUAUGAACAGAUGUGGCAGAAUCGACUGGCUGAGGUGGAGCGCUGUGAGGAGGAGCUCUCAGCUCUGCAGCUGUCAGAGGACGAGGUGAACGACGUCGUCAGCUCUCAACUCCUCUCUCUGAUUGGACGAAGCCAGAGGCAGGACGAAGACCGACUGGCUGCUGUCGAUCUGUGCUGGGACUCUGCAGCCCGUCGUGCUGUCAGUCUCAGCAGGUGUGUGUUUGUUGUGAUGCGAGGAGCAGCGUUGCUAUGGGAGACGCACUGCCGCAGGUUAGAGAGGAGAGAAGAAGAACUACAGCAACACCUGGACGACCUCAGACGCUCACAGCAGCAGCUCAUACAGAGGAAGACGGAGCGUCUGGACGAGCUGCUCGGUGGACUCCGUCAGGAGAGCAGUGAGGACGCUCUGAAGACGUCUCUGGACAAAACUGUCCACUACCUGCAGGACGUCAAACACAGCUGCAGUCAGUGUGUGUGUGAUCAGUGGGAGGUACUGGACCUCCUCCCGUCUCUCCUCCUGGAGGAGCUCCUCUCCUACAGCAGCAGCCUCUGCUCCUUCUACCACCUCAGCCCCGCCUACACACCGAGUCCAGAAGAACUGCAGAAGUUCAUCCCCUCAUAUCCAGGACCGGGUCAGAACCCCCUCUCGCCAUCCCCUCGGCCGGGUCGGAACCUCCUCCCGUCAUCCCCUCGGCUGGGUCGGAACCUCCUCCCGUCAUCCCCUCGGCCGGGUCGGAACCUCCUCCCGUCAUCCCCUCGGCCGGGUCGGAACCUCCUGUCUUCAUCCCCUCGGCUGGGUCGGAACCUCCUCCCUGGUCCGGUCCAGUCUGAACCCGUUGAGGGAGCUGAACUCCAGAAACCAAAGGAGGUGACGGAGAAUCAUCCAAUCAGCUGUCAGGAUGACCCAGACUCCGCCCAGCCCUCUCAGGAUUGGCUGGCAGAGGUGGAGUCCUCUCUGCUGGAGCUCUGUGACAUCAGCAGUGAUGUCACGCUUACAUCAUCCAGGGGUGUGGUUUAUCGUGGCCAUGCCUUCAGAUGCCCCGCCCCCGACCUGCAGCAGGAAACACACCUGAGCCUGUUUCCUGUGGAGCUGCUCACACACUCACUGAGCAGGAUGAGGACGCUGGUCUUGGAUGACCUGGAGCAGCGUUUCCGUGACGUCUUAGGCUCCGCCGUUGCCAUGGUGACAGACAGGAAGGAGGCGGUGCGUUUGGAGCAGGAGCUCCAACUGCAGCAGCUGAACCCCAAACACAUCCUGACCCACAAGUACCAGCCUCGCCUGGCUGAGCUGCAGCUCCACAGACAGCAGGUGGAGGUUCACUGUGAGGAGGCGUUGGACGUGUUGACCUCCUGCAGGGUGGAGCUACAGGAGCUGCAGACCUCCAUAAGGAGGAAGAACCAGGAGUUCACCGUCCGUCUGUCCAACAUGGAGGACGACGUCCUGACAGCUGACAGCAGCCAACGGCUGGAGGCUGUGAGCUCCACCCUACAGGACUGUCUGGAUCAACAUAGCAAAGACACCCAGCGCUGUCAGACCUCCUUCAGAAAGACGGUUCAUACCAGACUGGAGGAGGUCCGAACCAGAACAGCACACCUGCUCCUCUCCUUCAGGCUGUUCAGUGAAGGAGGUGACUUUGCUCCUCAGGAGGUGAAGGAGUUUCAGAGGAGGCUGAAGGAGGAGACCAGACAGAUCAGUGUGACGGAGCAGUCCGUCUUCUCUGAGCUGGAGGUGUUUGAGUCCAGGAGUCUCCAGCAGGUGAAGGAGGCGGCGGCUCGUCUGGAGGAGAAACUCUCCUUCCUGAAGUCUGAGGUGGAGUUCAACGAGAAGAUCCAGAAAAUCAUCAGCAGCACACGAGUUCAGAUCAAAGCUGAGGCAGCCAGCAGUAACCAGCAGCAGUCGUCCAUCAGCAGCAGGUUGGAGGAUCUGAGGAGGACGAUGGAGGACACACAGGCAUUCACAGUGUCUCCAGAUCAGGUGUGUUCUUUCCUGUCAUCAGUCAAUGAAGAACUCAGGAAGCGCUGUCAGUACCUGGACUUUUCAUUGGAAAGCCUCUCAGCUGGUCCUAAGUCCAGGAAACCAGUCCGGUCAGCCCCACCUCUUGGUUUACUGCAGACAAGCAGGACAGGUGUGGACCUCCUCGAUGACCCUGCUGUGUGCAUCAUCAAGUCCCUGAACAGGUUCUGUGUGAUCCGGGAUGUUGGAGCAGAAGCAUCAGAGAGAGACGAGAGAGGAAGAACAGCUGCUGGUCAGAAUCUGGUCCAACGUCUUCAACAGAAAUGUUCUGAAUCCGUCAGUACGUUGAGUGUGAGGAGGGGUUGCAGGUCCAUCAGGACUGAAAGGAGGUUCCAGGUUUUUGGACCAGAACCAGAACAGAAGCCACACUCCUUCAGCUCCACGCUCACCUCUCUGUUCUGGAGAACCAAUGACGUCCUCCUGCUGGUUGCCGAGGUCUUCUACCAGAGUGAGCGUUGUGGUCUCAGCGGGUUCUUCCUGGUUCCAGACAGUUUGGACCAAUGGGCUGAGAGCAUGCAGCAAAGGCUGCUGGGAUACCAGGAAGAGACCAGGAAGCUUCUGAGCACGAGCAGAGCGGAGAUGGUGAGACAGCUGUCUGUGUUGGAGGAGCUGCUUCAUUCGUUACCUUCAGUUUUGAUCCGUAACCAUGGGCAACGCCAGGACGCGGGGCUUAGAGAGGAGGUGGGCGGAGUCAGACUGAAGCUGGAGGAGACGCUGGCAGCCAGUGAGGAGGACAAGCGUGUGAACGUCCGUCAGCUGCGAGCGUCCCUCAGAGACGAGGAGCUUCAGGCGCUGACCAGCAGAGAGGAGUUCAGACAGCAGCAGCUGCACGACGCCGUCUGCUGCGCUCACCUGGAGCUCCAGGUGUGUGUGAGAGUCAGGGGGGAGGAGUUUGUGACAUCACUGGCGUCUCUGACGGAGCAGCUGCUCUAUCAGCUGGACGAGCUGCUCACACCUGAAGAAACCGAGGUCUGCACCGUUACUAUGGAGACGGGAGCUGGAACAGGACAGAAACAAAGCACAGUCGGCAGGACCUGGUCUGGUAUCCCGUACCUGUCGCCCUCUACCAACAGUACUGCAGCACCAUCCAAUGUUACCACGGCAACAACAGCAUCCAUCACCACGACCAGGUGCACCCUGGGACAUCUAGCUGUUAUUGAGCAGAGAGACGCUGCUGUGAAGAGGUUGGAGCAGCUGCUCAGGUCGGAGACGUCACAUUCAGACGACGACAAACGAAGACGACUGAGUGAACUACAGAGCUGGAACACACACUGGAGGCAGCAGAUACACACAGUAACACACACAGAUACACACUCUGACACAUAGUAGCUGAAAUGUGAUACCAGCAGCUGAUUGGCUGUUUGCUGUGUUGAUGUUUGAUAAUAAACCACAGAAGAAGAACAGA